CCAUCCGUCAAUCAUACUCCCGUCAUUUCCAUGCCGUUACAGUGCGAUGUGAUCUCUCCCAAAGUCUUCUCUUUCUCCCCAUCCGUUCGUUUCCUGUCACUCUCUUCUCAUCUUGUCAUCUCCAACAUGGGCCGACCCCCAGCAAAGCGCAACAUAAACCAUGUUGAUCUCACUUUGAGUGAUGAUGAGGGUUCCACCCCUGGACGCACUCCCAAGUACCCACGAGCGGACAGCGGGCAGCGACUGGGGCAAAGCACAACCUUUGUGCCCCUGAGUCAAUCAUCGCAAAACUAUGCGGCAGACGAUGAAGAUGACGAGAAUGCCGCAGACCUGAUAAUGGGAACUCAAGGAGCCGAUGACCCGAUAUCUAACAACUCUAUCCUGUACGGGGAGCUGCCUUCGAAAAUCGUCGGCGUUCGUUUUUACAAUGGAUAUGCUACCAUCGGCGAGCAUGUCGUCUUGAAACGGGAGCCGACGAACGCGUAUGACCGGAACGCUAUCCAAGUCCUGAAUGUCAUGGGGGCGCAGAUCGGUCACAUUCCUCGGAACAUGGCGUCCAAGCUGGCGGGAUACAUGGAUUCCAAAUCUUUGAUCAUUGAGGGCUCCCUAACAGGAACCAUUGGCGCUUACGAUUGUCCCAUUGCUCUGCGACUUUUCGGUCCCAGCGAUCCACAGAGAAGACAAGAGCUCAAGCAGAGAAUGGAGGCAGAUAGAUUACCCUUGGGGGGCUUCAAAAAAAGGGAGCGUGAUGAGCUUCGGUGGCAAAAGGAGCGCGAGCGCCAAAAGGGGCGUGAACAGAUGCAAAAGGAAAUAUACGCCAACCUCUUCGUCGGGGAGGGUCUUCAGGAAAGAGAGAGCCUUGAGGACAUUAUUGGCCAAAGUAGCACUUUCAAUCCUCGUGAUAUUGGUAAAGUGACUGAAAGCUUUGGCAUGAAUGAAUCCGACUUGGCAAACAUGCCCAUGGUAGAUACUCCUGCGGCCCUUUCCACAGAGCUACUCCCUUAUCAGCGUCAGGGAUUGGCAUGGAUGAUUAGCAAAGAAAACCCUAGCUUGCCCGGUCCUGGAUCAGAGGAUGUGGUACAGUUGUGGAAGAGGAAAGGCCCUCGUUACACUAAUAUUGCCACCAACUUUUCCACAUCCAACGAGCCCCCUCUUGCUAGUGGUGGCAUUUUGGCGGAUGAUAUGGGUCUUGGGAAGACAAUUCAGAUCAUCUCCUUGAUUCUGGCAAAUUCUCAGCCUAGGACCGCGGGUGGUUCAAAAAGCACUCUAAUUGUAGCUCCUGUCGGAGUGAUGAGCAAUUGGAAAAACCAGAUCCAGGAACAUACCCGCAGCGAGGAAGCUCCGCGUGUGCAUGUGUACCAUGGAGCAGGAAAGAAAGAGGCGAAGAAUCUUGACCAGUACGACGUGGUUGUCACCAGCUAUGGUGCUCUUGCGAAGGAGUAUAAUCCUCAGGCGAAGACGCCUCCUAAGCAGGGCAUUUUCUCUGUCCACUGGCGUCGAAUUGUUCUCGACGAGGGCCACACAGUGCGCAACCCAAGGUCCAAAGGUGCUCUGGCUGCAUGUAACUUGCGGGCCGAUUCCCGCUGGUCUUUAACCGGAACCCCCAUUGUCAAUAGUCUCAAGGACCUCUUUUCUCAAGUCCGCUUUUUGGGGCUUACCGGUGGUCUCGAGGACAUGGCAGUCUUCAAUAGCGUUCUGAUUCGGCCCCUCAUGUCCGACGAUCCCAACGCUCGCUUGUUACUCCAGACACUGAUGUGCACCAUUUGCUUACGCCGCAGAAAGGAUAUGGACUUUGUGAAUUUGCGCUUGCCGCCUCUCACGUCUCGUGUCCUUCGGGUAAAAUUCCACCCGCAUGAAGAGGAGAAAUACAACAUGUUCCAAGCCGAGGCAAAGGGUAUGCUUCUGGAUAUCAAGUCGAAAGAAAAGACCGGCACCACAUACUCCAACCUUCUCGAGGUUAUCCUGCGGCUUCGACAAGUGUGCAACCACUGGGCACUCUGCAAAAAGCGCCUUGAGGGCAUUACUGCACUGCUGGAAAAGGAGAAAGUGGUACCGCUUACCCCGGAAAAUAUCAAGGCUCUCCAGGACAUGCUGCAAAUCAGAAUUGAGAGUCAGGAAACCUGUCCGGUCUGCCUGGACACACUCGCGGAACCGGUGAUCACCGCUUGCGGCCAUUCAUUUGAUCGGGAGUGUAUUGAGCAAGUAAUCGAUAGACAGCACAAGUGUCCUAUGUGUCGAGCCGAUAUCGAGAACACAGCCACCUUAGUGUCUCCUGCCGCCGAAAUGGGUGAGAACACCGACAGUGUUUCUGCAGACCCCGACGACCCAAGCAGCAAAAUUGAAGCUCUUGUCAAGAUCUUGACAGCCCAAGGGCAGGCCGCCGAUACCAAGACCGUGGUAUUCAGUCAGUGGACAUCGUUCCUCGAUCUCGUCCAGCCUCACUUGGAGCGCCACGGUAUCGGCUUCGCUCGCAUCGACGGUAGAAUGAACUCAGUAAGCCGUGACAACUCGACGUACCGCUUUUCUCGCGACCCCAGCUGCAAAGUUCUCCUCGCCAGUCUCAGUGUCUGCAGCGUGGGCCUGAACCUGGUCGCCGCCAACCAAGCCAUUCUUGCCGACAGCUGGUGGGCCCCAGCCAUUGAAGACCAAGCCGUCGACCGAGUGUACCGUCUCGGACAGAUGCGCGAAACGACCGUCUGGCGCCUCGUGAUGGAAAACAGUAUCGAGGACCGGGUCCUCGCGAUUCAGGAGACGAAGCGCAAGCUGAUGCUGGAGGCAUUCCGCGAGACCGCGACCAAAAAGAAGACCGAUGAGAGAGCCACUCGUGUUGCUGAUCUCGAGAAGCUCCUCACUUGAUUUACAGCCCAGACUGCUUUGAGCUACGAUUUCGCGUCAAUUCCAGCACCUUUCAUCUAUCUCUCAGCGAUUAAGCCGUUCCUUCUUGUAAAACGAUCUCGGUGUGGUAAUUGAUUGAUCGGUGUAUUUUCAAGGUCUUCUCAUCUUUCGAGAUAGGUGCUACGGAUGUUCUUUCUAGAACUUUUA